CACGUGCCGGCAAAACUCUGAACUCUGAACUCUCCACAAUCUUCCUCAAUCUUUGUCUUCUUCCUUCCUAAUAACCUUGCAGACAGUUUGGGUGUUGCAGUGAUCUAGCUGCCUUGUAUUGUUGGUAGACUGAUCUCUACUGUGGUUCAUCACUCUCUUGUCCUCUUGUCACAGAUCUGAGCAGUUUUACUCGUCUUAAUUUCUCUCUCCCAGCGGAUCAUUUAUCCUCAACGAUGCUCUCACUGUCCCCCUCCCCGUCUCCUCCGCCGCUCUCGUCCGAUUCGGAAGACAGCGGCGCGGAAGACGACGGACUAAUCAUCUCUGCAUCUUCCCCGUCGACAGAUCGGACGCCGAUCCCGACUUCCCGCCGGCAACCCUCGUUUUCCUCCUCCGACUCGCUUUCUCCACCAGGCCUCUCCACAUAUCACUCCGAGCUAGCCACCUCGCCCAUCACCAGCGUCUUCACCGGCCCGUCCACGCCGUCGACGUACCGCAUGCAACCCCUCGCCGUCGGCGGCGGCUACACCCGGCCUCUUCCGCGGACCGCCCGGCUCCAGCAGCAGCAGCAGCGGCCGCGGAUCGGCUCGAGCGUGGACUACGACGGGAUCCACGAGCCGCCGAGCGCGAGCCAUAUGUCGCCGGCGCAGCUGUACACGACCGCGUCGGGACAGUUGUUUCAUGCGGGGAAAGUGUGUAUUGCGCUCGUUGGCCUGCCUGCGCGGGGCAAGACACAUUUGGCGGUUUCGCUUACGCGGUACCUACGAUGGCUCGGAGUCAAGACGCACGCAUUUCACCUAGGCGAUUAUCGACGGACGUGUAUUCCCAACGAGAAAGAAGUGCCAGAGGACUACUUCAUGGUGAACGCCUCACCCGAGACAGUUCUGCUACGGCAGCGCGUGAUGGCAGCGUGCAAGAGCGACGUGUUCAAGUUCUUUGACGAAGAGCGCGGCCAGGUUGCAAUCUACGACGCCGUGAACCCGACGUCGAACGGCCGACGGAUGCUGCACAAGGAGUUUACACAGCAUGGGAUCCAGGUCCUGUUCAUCGAGUCGAUCUGCGACCGGCCCGAGAUUAUCGAGGCCAACGUGCGCAGCGUGAAGAUCUCGUCGCCGGAUUAUAUCGGCUGGGACGAGAAGGAGGCGAUCAAGGACUACCUGCGGCGGAUCAGCGACAAGAUUCCGCAUUAUGAGAGUUUGGAUGAGACGGAGUUCAGUUAUAUCAAGCUAUAUAAUGCGGGCGAGCGGAUUUUGCUUAAUAAUACGCGGGUUGGGUAUCUUCCGAAUCGGAUAGUGUUUUAUUUGAUGAACUUGCAGAUCAAGGCGGGAUGCGUCUACUUUGCUAGGGCGGGACGGUCGACUGAAACACGGCCAAAGUACAAGUCGGAUCCACAUUUGAGCGAGGAAGGUCUGGACUAUGCGAAGAAGCUGGCAGAUACACUACUUGAGCACCGACGGAAGGAGCACAAGGCAUUAGAAGAGAACGGCGAGUCAGUUGCCGAGCGCGAGCUUAUAGUGUGGACGUCUACGCGGCGACGAACGAUCGAGUCUGCGGCCGAGUUUGAGAACCGGGGAUUCUCGUGCCGACAGCGAAGCCAGCUUUCUCAGCUCCAUCCGGGGUCGUGCGAUGGGCUUACGCGGGAGGAGUUGGAGCAGACGUUCCCGGACGAGGUCGAGAACCACGCCAAAGACCCGUACCGCCACCGGUACCCGCGCGCAGAGUCGUACCACGAUCUGGCGGUGCGGUUGGAGCCCGUGAUUCUGGAGAUGGAGCGGAUUCCGAACGACAUUCUGAUUGUUGCGCACGUGAGUGUUUUGCGGGUGCUGUACGGGUACCUGAUGGCGUGUCAGCCGAACGAUAUUCCAAAGCUGGAGUUUGAGCGGAACGAGAUUGUGGAGAUUAUUCCGUCGGCGUAUACGAAUCGGGUGAAGCGGAUUAAUAUUCCGGGAGUGGCGCCGAGUGAGUCGUCGUCGAUCAUAUAACUGGUUUUUUGAAGUGAGGUAACUGUACACAGAUCUCUGAAUAUAAGCUUAGCGCUGAGU